UAUCCUCAAAUAAACCCGCCAUACACACACACACCAACCCACCAACCCACCACCCCACAAGCAAAACACAAAACAAACCGAAAAACCAAAAAGAAGCAAGAAGCAACAAUGCCAUCAACAAUCCCCGCCAACCACCGCCCCUCCCUCUACCUCGACCAAAACGGCAACAUCAUCGAGAAGCAGAAGAUCCACCGCCGCCGCAUGAGCCCCUCCGCCGACAUCUACGACGUCCGCGAUACCUACGACGACAAGCACCCUUUGCGUGUCGUGCGGCGGAAGGAGGAGUGGGGGGAUCAUCCGGACCGUGCUGCUUCGAGUUCGAGUUCGAGUUCGACGUCGAGUUCGGGUUCGACUAGGUUGUUGGGUUGGGGCUUGGAGGAGACGGGCGAGGAGAAGACGACCGAGGGUGAACAGGAAAAUAAAGAAGAGGAUGAGGAUGAGGAUGGCGGUAUCAAGGCCAGCGUAAGGCGCUUCUGGGACUGGUACCAGGACUGGUGUUCGAGCCCGUGGUAUUGGGUGUUUAUCUUGGUGUCGUUGUUCGUGAUCACUGCUGCGAUUAAGAAUCAAAAUCGUGGAGGUAUAAGGAUCAUUGGGAACUUUGAGCCGAGGGUGGGGCGUGGUUGGUAUGAUGAGGUUGAGGAGAUGCGCAGGCGGCGAGAGGAGGAGGAUAGGUUGUGGUGGGAGGAGGAGGAGGAGGAGUUGCGUAGGUGGGAGCAGAGGGAGAUGUCGUGGAGGGACAUUCAGGCGGCGAAUGAAGAGUGGGCGAUUAUGCUCUUGGCUGAGCUCCUCGGGAAGGUUGAGGUUGAGGUUGAGACGGGCGAGGUUAAGGCGGGUGAGGUCGAAGUGACUGAGCUCGAGGAAGUUGAAGUUGAGGGGGUUGAGUUGAAACAUUGA